AUGCCUGCAGCCCCUGUUACGUCACCUCAAAAGCACAUCACUGAACCCUUUCUAUCAGAACUCUCCUCAGCAACCCGGGAGAAUUCCACUGAUGACCCCAAUUACUACGCCCAGGAUCCAAAGACACUUAUAACCUCGUCAAAAGUUCAUUCGUUCACAACAGGCACUGGUAGCGCCAUCUUCCGAUCUCUUAUUCCGCUCUUGGAAUCCACCAAUCAUGAGCUCAUUCUCGUGACGUGCUUCUGGGCCCAGUCUGAAUCUCUCCAGACAUUGAACAAAGUAUUGAGAACUUUAUCAGAAAAAGCCAUACAUCGCGGUACAGAAAAGAUCAGGGUCCGACUCUGCUUCUCCUCCCUCUCCCUCUUCCAGAAGCUGUUCCAUAAGCAAUCCGUGGCUGGACAAACAUACGAUCAAUCUACAUGGGCGAAAAAACUAGGGCUGCCUUCUCCCGACUCCUUAGGAGGACUUGAUCUUCAGAUCAAAUCUGUCUUCAUCCUUCCAUUCAGUGUAAUGCACCCAAAAUUCAUCAUCAUCGACCGGGAACGAGCCGUUUUACCAUCUUGCAAUAUCAGUUGGGAAGAAUGGUUUGAGGGCGCAGUCACUCUUUCAGGACCGAUCAUUGAACAGUUCCUUCACUUCUAUUCAUCUUUCUGGGUUCGGCACAAGUUACCUCCUCUAUCGUCUUCUCGUUUACUCCCAACAAAUGGUGUUAUGGUGGAAGAUCAUACCGGAACGCUAAACCACGAUCAUGGCCACAUUACAACAAUACCCACCGUGUUUCUACCGAGCCCACAUCGCCGAAACCCGAGAUUGAAUCCCUUCGCAGCUACCGACAGUAUUAUCGCUCCUUCGACGCCACUGAACCUCUUCAUUCUGACCCUUCUCAAGAAAGCCAACCGAUCCAUCCGUAUUCAAUCACCAAAUGUUACAUCACCGCCUGUACUUUCUGCCCUUCUAAAUGCACUCUCGCGUGGUGUUGAUGUCACAAUAUUGACCUCUGAACGACUCAUGAUCCUGGAGCAACUUGUCACAGCUGGUACAACCACCACAAGGUGUGUUAAGAAAUUAAUCAAGCGGUAUCACAAACUACCUACACCAACGUCUCAGUCAAUCGUGGAUGAAGAAGCUGCAAUAGCCACUCGCCCGAGGGGAAGUCUCAAGAUAUCUUAUUUCUCCCCGCCGCAAGGUCCAAAAUCAAGAGGGCAGGAACAGGGAGAGCCACAACAGAGUCAUCUUAAACUGAUGAUCGUUGAUGAGGAGGUCGUGGUACUGGGGUCGGGCAACCUAGAUCGAGCGAGCUGGUUCACAAGUCAAGAGCUGGGUGUAGCAUUCUUUGAUGCUGGCUUGGUACAAAAGAUAUCAGGCUCCCUUGAUGUGGCCAUGGCAAACCGAGCGAAGCUGCACUAUGACAGUCGUGUAGGGUGA